AUGGCUGUUUUAUGUGCAGACUUGUGCUCCUCCAACACUUUGACUUCUGCACACACUGCAGGUACACUCACCUAGUCAAAGCUCUAAUUACUGUAUAACUAACUCUUAACAUUAUGAUAUAAAGUCUUACUAAUGUCACUGCAUGGUCCUGAAAACUCUGCGCUGUCUGACUGCAGAAAACGUGCCGAUUGAUCGGGAUUGGUGUGCUAUCACUUUUCUUUAUUGUAUAUGAAUUUUUCGCUCUGAAGUGAAAGGGACAAGCAAAAAAGUAGAGCAAUUAUUGGAGUGUUUCAAACAUCUAGUGCUCUGGCUCCAUUUAUUAUUAUUUUUUUGUAUAAAUGAAUACUUGGUAAAGGAAUGUUUGUUGUUGGUGUGCUCCAUUUACAUACACAAUAUCACAGUAGUGUUAAUAGUAUUAUUCAUUUGAAUUCUCUGAAGAAUCUCAUCAUUAUUUACACACUCUGGCCCUUAAAAAAUUCUCAGGGGGAAUUUUUUUGUUAACCUGUGUUAUUUUGCUGUCUCAUAAAACUCCUACAUGAAGAUGUCAAUCUUUGUGUUUUCAGAGCAGGAAAUCUUAAAUGCACUGAUAGAUUUCAGGCGCUCAUCGAGCUUGCCAGCAGCAAAGACUUCUGGAACUUCUCCUGCUGAAGGGGAGCGAUCAGUUGAUAGAGCAUGGUCAAAAGCAGGACGGAGGAUUACUGAUCUGAUCUACUCAAAAACCAUCAAAAAACGUCAGGAUGUGACCUACAACCUGAACUCCUUUGGAUUGAGAUACGGGAAGAGAAACCACACCUAA